AGAGAGAGAGAGAGAGAGAGAGAGAGAGAGAGAGACGGGAUUUGGGUGGUGUCCAACCGAAGGGAGGAGCCCGCGGGAGCGAACUGUUUAAAAGGAGGUAAAACAGCAGGCGGAGCGCACUGACUGCCGGAGGCUGGAACCUGACCGAGCCGGCAGCAGGUUCAGUGGACAGGCAUAAUGAGAAGUCAAAGAGAGCUCGUCCCGUUCCUGUUUAUACUAGCUGUCUUCUGCUCCACAGGUUUUAGCCUCAUGUGCUAUAACUGCUUAAAUCCAGUUUCUCAAUGCAAGACGAAUACCUCCUGUACACCGAACCUUGAUUCUUGUCUUAUUGCAGUAUCUGGAAAGCUAGCGUAUCAUCAGUGCUGGAAAUUUUCAGAUUGUAAUUUCGAAUUCAUUUCGACCAGAUUAGAACUGCCAAAGAUGCAAUACAGAUGCUGCCAGGAGGACAUGUGUAAUGAUAAACUCCAAGAAAAGAACCAUGCAGACUCCUUGUCUGGGAAGAUGGUGCUGCUGGUGACCUCGGCUCUGGCAGUCAUUUGGAACUUUUGUUUCUAAGCCCUUCACCAAGAGGGACUCUCCUAAGCUCCUUCCUUCUCUAUUUUCCCCAUUUCCUGCUGCUGCUGCACUCUAAAGCCUUUGUGAUUUUCCAACUAUAAGAAUAAAUUUUACUGGAACAUUUUGGAUAAGAAAAAGGGAUCUAAGUAACUUGGAAGACCAUCCUUUGCACAGGGAAGGCCCCUUGGAGAGAGAAGUUUUAGGGAGAAGGAUGUGCAGUAGGUUAUAGGCCUCUUCCUAAGCCCUAAAGAAUUUACUUGGUAGUGACAGCUUAAGGGAGUUCUUGGUAAUCCUCAGGGGUAUCUGUCUGGUUCCUCAGAUGUAGUUAAAUAGUGUCAUUUGUACCUUUGGGAGUAGCUGUGCUAAGAGAAUUCUUUUCCAACAUUCAGUCACAUACAUAGAAUGCUUUCAUGAACUUCACAGCUCCUGAGUUAGUGUGCUGAAUAUUCCAGAUGUGUGCUAUUAGUCUGGAGCAAUAAUUUUUUUUUUUCUAAACAAAGCUGAGGAUCAAACUCAGAGUCUUAAGCAUGCAGGCAAGUGCUUUACCCUUGAAUCUCACUCCUAGGCCAAGCAGUGCGAUUCUUAAUACAGACUGAGUGGAUUCACUAUUCUAUUCUCGGCUAGUGAUGUGGGACAUUGAAACAUAAGAUCUGAGCCAGCUGGGGUGGUACACACCUCUAAUCCCAGCACUCAGGAGGCAGAGGCAGGAAUUCCAUAAGUUCAAGGACAGCCUGGCCUACAUUGUGAGUUACAGGCUAAUUAGAGCUAUAUUGUGAGACCCUGUCUAAAAAAAUAAAAAUAUAGAAAGAGGAAAGAAGGAGGAAAGGAGGGAGGGAAGAAAGGAGAGAAGGGAAAAGGAAGGAACGAAGCAACAAAAUUAUUUUUAGAGAAGUACAGGUAGCUACAAUUUGAGUUUUUUUCUUACAUCUCUAAAUUUGUAUGGGUUUUUCUAGCUUUCACUAGAAGAAUUUAAUUGCCUAAAAUAAUGGUGUGCUAAAUUUAUGCCUUCUCUUUUUCUUAGAAAAGGGGAUUAUCUUGGCUUUUCUACACAUAAUUAAAUAAUGAACAUUCUAUGCUAUGCGACAGGGAGUUUUGGGCAUGCUUAUUUUAAAUGUUGCUAGCAGGAAGACCCUUCAGAUGUGUGCUCAUAUACAAUGAAAGCAAUGGGACUAGACGUUGGGGCUGCCAUCUGAGAUGUCCUGAUGUCAUUAAUAGCAGGCCAGCCAGCACAUUUUGCCUGCCUGCAUUCAGCUUGUGGACUCAUGGCUGAUUCAGUACAGAACACAUUAAGUACAUUUGCCAGGGCUGUUGGCAUAGUCAGAAGUGAUGGAGCUUGGGAAGUGUAGCCUCUUUCCCAAGAGUCCAAGUUUCUCCUUUUCUCUGUGGAUGCUAGUGACUAAUUUCCAAGAUCCAUAAACUUAAACCAUAUCUUAGGAUUUGACUGUAUUCGGUCCCCACAGCCUGACCUUUGUAAAGGAGGAAUUCUUCAUUAAUAAAAAACUCUUCAAAAAUGAUGUUAAAUCCAAAAAUAGCAUUAAUUAUAUAAGAAAAAGCUCUCUUGAUUAUGUUAUCUGUAAGAUGAAUCAAGUAUAUUAUGUAAAAUUUUAGCCAAAAAUGCAAUGAUGCUUUUCUCAAAAUAAAAUCUAAGCAAAUA